AGCUGCUUCCGGGUCAAUGCAGGACACAGGGCUUCUGCGGGCCGAAUUGGGGACGAGGUGAAGCGUAGCGGGUCCAGGGUCGGUCGGGAGCAGGCCGGAGGCUGAACGGCGACCACGGCGGUGGCCGGGAGGGGGGAGGAGAGGCGCAGCCCGAGGAGCCGCCGCAGCAGCUCCCCGCCUCCCGGGCUGAGGGGAAUUUUAGGAAAGGAAGAUGGAUCAACCUAGUGGAAGGAGUUUUAUGCAAGUAUUAUGUGAAAAAUAUAGUCCUGAAAACUUUCCUUACCGCCGUGGUCCUGGGAUGGGAGUCCAUGUCCCAGCCACACCUCAGGGCUCUCCUAUGAAAGAUCGCCUCAACCUCCCAAGUGUUCUGGUAUUGAACAGCUGUGGAAUAACCUGUGCUGGAGAUGAAAAAGAAAUUGCUGCCUUCUGUGCUCAUGUGUCGGAACUAGAUCUUUCUGACAACAAACUCGAAGACUGGCAUGAGGUCAGUAAAAUUGUGUCAAAUGUUCCCCAGCUGGAGUUUCUAAACCUGAGUUCCAACCCUCUGAAUUUGUCAGUUUUAGAAAGAACAUGUGCUGGGUCCUUCUCUGGGGUUCGCAAACUUGUCCUCAACAACAGCAAAGCUUCUUGGGAGACAGUCCACACGAUACUGCAGGAGUUACCAGAUUUGGAGGAGCUCUUCCUGUGCCUUAAUGACUAUGAAACAGUGUCUUGUCCUUCUAUAUGCUGUCAUUCUCUUAAACUACUACAUAUAACAGAUAAUAACCUCCAAGACUGGACUGAAAUACGAAAGUUAGGAGUUAUGUUUCCUUCUCUGGAUACCCUCGUCCUGGCCAACAAUCAUUUGAAUGCUAUCAAGGAGCCUGAUGAUUCAUUGGCCAGGUUGUUUCCUAAUCUGCGAUCCAUCAGCCUCCACAAGUCAGGUUUGCAAUCCUGGGAAGACAUUGACAAACUAAAUUCCUUCCCCAAACUUGAAGAAGUGAGAUUGUUAGGAAUUCCUCUUCUACAGCCAUAUACCACCGAGGAGCGAAGGAAAUUGGUAAUAGCCAGAUUGCCAUCAGUUUCCAAACUUAAUGGCAGUGUUGUUACUGAUGGUGAGCGAGAAGAUUCGGAGAGAUUUUUCAUUCGUUACUAUGUGGAUGUUCCACAGGAAGAAGUGCCAUUCAGGUAUCAUGAACUGAUCACAAAAUAUGGAAAGUUGGAGCCUUUGGCAGAAGUGGAUCUAAGACCCCAGAGCAGUGCAAGAGUAGAAGUCCACUAUAACGAUCAGGUGGAAGAAAUGAGCAUUCGUCUUGACCAAACAGUUGCAGAACUAAAAAAACAAUUAAAAACUCUAGUGCAAUUACCCACAAGCAACAUGCUUCUCUACUAUUUUGACCAUGAAGCACCCUUUGGCCCAGAGGAAAUGAAGUACAGCUCUCGGGCACUGCAUUCCUUUGGCAUUAGGGAUGGAGAUAAAAUUUAUGUGGAAUCCAAAACAAAAUAACCUCUAUGAGUCUUGUAAAAACACACACAUAAAUUGCAGGGCAUUUAUUUCCAUGUGGUUUUUUUUAGAAGGGAGAAGAUCGUUUUUGUUUUGAUUUAUUUUAUUUAGGUUUGGCAGGGAUGAUGGUGUAUAUUUUUCCCCCUAGAAUGAGUAAGGGGCUGUUUUUGGUAUUUUUUUACCAAGAUUUCUUCAGCUUAGCCAGCAGAAUUGGCCUCAUCUCCAGUCCAUGUGCCCCCUCUCAUGAAAGAUAAGUAAAAAAAUCACCAUCUUCUUUUUGUAUUCCCUGGGCUUUGUCUACUGCUUAGUUAUUACCAUUUAGGUAUACUUGUGAAGAUAGCAUGACCAGUAUACCCCUUUCAGAAGGGUAUCUUAUAGUAUUUAAAUCAGGAAACAAGGAUCUUUACAGGCAGAGCCAGCUCUUUUCUUUCUCUUUCAGUUCCUCUUUUUCCUUCCCUCUCCCUCCUUUUCUUUUCUUUUUUUUUUAUUGUGUGUGUGUGUGUGUGUGUGUUCAGUUUUUCAUUUUGACUUGUGUCAGCACAUGUUUUACUAAUAGUUUUAUUCUUUCCAUAAUUCUUAUUUCUCAUAUUGGCUGAUUUUUUCUUUAAUUUCUCUCUUUUGAAAUAAUUUAAAGUGUUUUAUGCAUUUUUCAACCUGAUUCUGAUCUCAGGUACUCAAUUAGAACCUAUAACUCUGUUAGGAUCUUGAAUUAGAGUAGAUGGAGAGCUACAACUCCAGGAAAACUUACUGUUAUUCUGGAAGCACAGGCAAAGCAGUCUGAUUUCUUUGUAUGUAACUAUCUCAGUUUUAAUGUUCCUCAUACAUUAUAUCAACCAUUACUUCCAUAACAUAAAAUAUAUCAGAUUCUAGAGUUCUUUUAUUUUUUGCUUAUUGAAUGUAUUUCCUCACAUCUAUCAUUUUCAUUACAUUGGGAAUAGAGGCCUGAAUUUAUGAAGAAUCCAAAAAGUAAUGGAUAUAUGUGCCAGGAGAGUUGAGAAUUAGCUAAUAAACUAUCUGUAGUGUGUGUGAAGGAGUAGAGUGGGGAGAAUAUUGGAAAAGAGUGUUGAUUUUCCUGCCUGUGUCACCAUUUGAAGCUCUUGUUCUUGCACUUUGUAUUAAAAAUAGGAAGUUUUAAUCAAAGGGAGCUUUGAUUCCCAGUUCUUCCUGAGAUUUUGUGAUGUCAUAAUUGAACUAUUCUUUUUAUUUUAUAUUCAAUUUAGUUGCCCCUACAGAAGAACAACUCUAUGAGUAAAGUAUAAGUGUCAAAACCAGAAUUGCCUCCAAGUCAUAUUUUUUUCAGAAGCACAUUUUAAAAAAUACUAGUUCCUUACCUGCUCUGAAAUCUUUUUUGUUUGUUCUUCUAUUCCUUUGUUAAUCAGUGCAAUCCCUUUCUUUAAUGUAUGACUGUCUUGGUCCACCAUGUUUACAGAUGGGAGACUUGAGAAAGACUUAGCAUAACUGGGGCAGAAGGUAUGCACAGGAAGUAUUUUUCAAAGAAUAUAAUCAUUAUCUGAUUGUGUUUGACCUUUGGACCUUUUUAUAUGAUUUUACUGCUCCUACAAUUUUUUAAAUUUCCUAUGAAAUUUUUAGGUGACUUACAAACUCUUCAUGUAUAUGGUGUUGUGUUUAUUAUUGCUACUUUAAAAUUUUCCCUAUGCCAUAAUAGCAGAUGUUUAUUCUCUUAAUGUACUUCAGGAUCAGUAUUUGUAAAGCCUUUGACCCAGAACUACUGAGUCAAAUCUACAUUCACUGUAACAUUAAAGGUGGAAACCAAAGGGUUCGAGAAAGAUGAAUGAGGCCUAUUCUUUGCUGCAGACUUUAUCUUUUAAAUUCAUAGAAAUGAGCAGUGGCAAUCUAAACUAGAUAUAUACAAAAAUUAUUUUGUAAUCACAUUUUUCUGACAUAUUUUCAGAAGUGGGAAAAAAGUGUGGCCACAGUGUCAUGAAGAUUAAAACUGUGGGUGCUUUGUGUAUGUGUGCAUAAGUACAGACGAGUUUGAAAGAGAAACAGUGUAAUGGAGCCCAUUGCUUUUAUCGGCCUGGGAAACAGAUGCACUCUUAUUUUUUGAUGUUGUAUGAUCCCUGACUGUCCCACAGCAGAAAGCAGAACAGACACUUAUGUUAUGUUUUAAUUGUAAGUGGAAUGGUCACAAUUAAUAAGAUAUUUUAUAUAUGACAAAGUUUUAUGAAAUGCUUUUUUUUACUAUUAGAGACCUGUACUUUCUCUUAUUACAGAACAAUGUCCAUCAACUGCAGACAUAAUUCUUCUAUUAUACAGUUGCAUGUCAGGGGAACUUCUCAUUUAAUUCCAUGGACAUGGGUAUUUUUAGAGGAUUAUAAUUGAUGAUUAUAAUAAUUACUGAAUAAUUUUUGAUUGAGACAAACUAAUACAAUUACCAGUCUUUUAGAAGUCAAUUAGAAAAGCUAUUUGAGCAUUCAUACUUGUAGAUUUAUUUGGGUGGCUGAGUAAAGAUGCUGCUUCUGAAAUAAAAUUGGUGCUGUGUAGAUACUUUUAACCAAAAUUAUUUUUAUAACAGGCCAAGGAGAAGAUGAGAAGAGUCCAUGGACCUUUGAGUCUACAAGUUAUGCAUAAUUGAUUGCUAUAGCUUAGCUGUAUUUUAAUAUUGACUUCAUUCAGAUUCAGCGAGAGCAUAUUAUUGACAUUUAAGAGGCAGAAUGCUGUCAUAGCCAGUAUUACAUAUUUAUUGCUAUAGGCACAGUGUAUAGAACAUAUCUUUUCUAAAAUAGAAUUAUUUUUAGUUAUGGAAAAGAAAAGGAGUAAUAAAGAAAGCCAAAUCAAAACCAAGGGAUCCUUUCUACAUGUGAGCAUGUAACUCCUGAAGCCACAUUAGAAAUCAAUUUUCUAAUUUUAAUUGUUGAAAUAUCCCAGAAUGCUUUAAAGAAAAAAGAAGUUCAGAGUUGUAUACCUUUUUUAUUAUUAAAAGUUUCUAUUGUUUCUGUAACCUAUUGCCACAUUGCAAUAAAUACAUUAAAAAGCAGCAGAUAUUAUAUAACCUCUUGUUUCUUUAAAACCUUUUGAUGAAAAACAUCCCCAAACAUGAGCUAUUUGUAAUGGAGCCUAAUGUUAUGACGCUAUGUUUUAACAUUUUGUUUACUUAAAAAAAAUUAAAGUUCAAUUCUAACCACA